GCCAACAUCCCAGCUGUCAGCCUACCUCUGCCUCUUCCAUCCACCUCCUAAAGACCACACCCUGCCAACCAAGGUGCUCCAGGCCAGCUACCAGAAACAGAGGGAUCAACAAAGCGAGAGUGAGCCACCUUCCUGAACCCAGCACACAGCCAGGACUCCUAAAUGAUGGAGAAAUCAGAGCACCUAAAGAAUGCAAUGCCCACAGAGAGGAAGUCCGCAUGGAGAACGGUAGAGGAGAGGCGGAUGUCAGACCUCACGCGGGUGCUGGAGUGGCUGGAGCGGAGGAAGGGGAAGAAAAAGCAAAUGUAUGAUCUCCAGCAGAAACCCAAGGGGGUAACUUCCCCUAAAACAAAUGGGAAGGAAGGAAGGAAAGACCUAAACAUCCUGAAACAGCAGAAAGGGAACCGCCAGGUGGCGUUUGCCAAGCAGUCCCGAAGGCAAAGCACCAAGAAAGACGGGGACCCCACCGUGCACGGAAAGAUCUACGGCAGCGUGGACCCAAAGGGAAAACGCCUUAGCAUAAUUCCCAGCAGCUACACCAGGGAUGGCCCCAGGAAAUCCGACCUCGACAUCAAGGAUGCAAUCGCCCUGGAGUCCAUUCAGCGGUCCCUGCAGUACCACCGCCAGAGCGUCCUGGACCCCCUUCUGCAGGAAACGCCAGUCUUCGGUCGGAAGUCGACCCUCCUGAGGGACUUGGUACUAGGCAGGUCCACCGAGAUCUCCUACGAGCGCAAGCUGAAGAGCCUCAUGGAGAAGGGCGCCGAGCCCAAGGUGGAACUGGUGAGGAUGCUGAAGCCAGAGGAGGUGCUGAGCUGCCGAUACCUGAGGCUGUCCAAGAACAACAUUCGGACCUUGCUGAAGCUAUGCAAGGACGCGGGCAUGAACGUGGACAUCCACCCCCACAUGGUCGAAGGAGAGAUAGAUGCGAAAAAGGUGUUCAACCAAAACCCCAGCGUGGCCCUCUAGGUCACCGCAGGCUCCCUCUGCUGUUGGGCCCUCAGCCCCCAGACGACACCCUCCGGUAUGCCAGGCCUCGGCCUUCAGACCUGGGGCGUCCCUUUUAGACAGUAGCCAUCAGAAAACAAGGCUGAACUGCAUGGACCAUAGUGCAAAGGUAGCGUUUGUCCUUGACCCGAGUUAGAACCAACGCCAGGGAAACUGCGGGUCGUCUCUCUACCAAAAGAAGACGCUGUAGAAUGGCCGUCUUAGAAAAGCAAACUUAGAAGUGAGAAGUGGCAGGGUCCCCAGAGGGACAUCAGGAGGGGCAAGGAGUGAGGGGCUGGGUCAGGGAGGGGGACACACACCUCAAGUCUUAUGCACCACCCCACCCCUUCCCAUGCGGGACUGUGGGGAGCUGAAUGCCACACCUUCAGGGAUGGCUGGGUGUUUCCAGACCCUCACGGCAUGGGGGGCUGCUGUGGGAGCCUCACUUCUCAGACCCCAGGUGUUCCCACGGAGUUGGGUUGCAAGCUUCCCCUGGGCAUCAGCAGAGACAGCAAAAGAAAGGAGAAAGGAGUAUACAAGAGAGACGCUGCCCCACUCCAGAUCCUAGGGCCCCCUGGGUGCUCUCCUGGGGUCCAGAGGGCUUUCCUGUGUGGACUCCACAAGCACAAAGAGCCUCCAACUCAGCUUCCUGACAUUCUGACCAAAUAAACCUACAGUGAGCCCCAAGAUUCACAGCUAACAUUGAGAAAGGAACAUUCAUCCUUAGUUAUCAGGAAGGCUACUGAAAAGCAACCCCAAGCCAGGGUCCCUUGGCAGACAGCGCCACCGGCAGCACACUAUGCACAGUAUUUUAUAAACUCUGAAAUGGCCUCGUGAUUACAUUUUCUAGCAGAAACACACAGGUACACCAGGAACAGACUCACACAGGUACAAUCCCCUGGUUUAUGGCAAAGGUGACACUGUGGUGCAGUGGGGGAAAAGACAAUCUUUUCAAUAAAUCAGGUUGGUCAAUUAAAUGUCCAUAUGGAAAAAAGUAUCGACCCUCCGCCUCCCGCCAUAUGCAGAAAUCCGUUCCAGAUGGAUGCAGAUUGUGAAAGCUUCUAGAAGAAACAGAGAAGACAAUCUCCACGACCUUGGGGUGAGCCAAAAAAUUUUAAACAACACAAAAAGCCUCAGUAAUAAAAGAAAAUAUUAAUAAAUUUACCAUAGUGAAAGCAGAACGUCUGCUCUUCAAAACAUCAGUAAGAGAGCGAGAACGCAAGUGACCCCAGUGGGAGAAGAUAGAUCCUACAAAGGGCUCGUAUGCAGAUGACCUGUUUUCAAUUCCUAUAAAUCAGUAUGAAAAACGCAGGUAACUCAGUCAAAAAAUGGGUCAAAGUCUUGCAUAGGCAGUUUGUGAAAGUGUUUAGCUAAGUGACCAAUAAACGUAAGAAAUUUCGUUAGUUUUCAGGAAUGCAAACGAAAAGAAAAAAACAAGGCAGCACCACUAACACCCACCAGAACGGCU